AUGCUUUUUUGGGUGAUUUGGAGUGGAUUUUGUGUGUUUUCUCUGAACGGAAUCUCGGCUCGACAUCAUCUCGAAGAUGAAGAUGAUCUCACCAACAUACCCACGAUACAUGAAGCUUCACAUGUGGGUGGAUCAACAGAUCUAUUGAUUGUGCCACUUGAAGGAGAUCAACGCGUUGUCCUUCCAUCAGACACUCCAACAGUUCCCCCAAAAGUUCAAAGACGAAAGCGAGAGACAGUAACUGUAGGCUCUUAUUGUAAAUCUUAUGGCCCGAACUUUGACUUUUUCUGUCCGAAGCUUGAUGAACAGUCAAGCGAUAAUCGGAAAAUUCUCGAGAAAUUUUGCGCUCAAUAUAGAGAAUUUUGCAAGAAAAAGCCAGUUGAAAUGAGCGAAGAACUUCCGGAAAUUGAGUCUGCUGAAGUGACAAAAGCCCAAACAAAACAGAUGACAAUAGGCAAGCCUCCACUUCCCACCGAAACUUCGGACGAAGCCUCAAAAUGGGAUGAUGUUAGAGAAUGGGAACCGGAUCAAGCCGAAACAACACUGCUCUUGGCUAAAAAGCAGCACCCGUGCACUCCCGAAUGUAAUGUUGCCGUCCAUCCUCAUUGUACUCGAGAAUGCAAAUGCGAAUACGAUAAGCCGAGAAUGACGUAUUUUUGCACGGGUCCUCUCGAUAGACAGGAACUUCAUUGGUGUCAAACAUGGUUCUAUCGAUGUCCCCGACAAUCACCUUUCCAUCGCCGUGUUUGGGACGCUCAAGGGAGAACUUGGCCUGGAAGAGAAGGACUUUUGGAAGGAUUGCAA